GGAAGUCAAGUGUCAAAACGUUUCGGGGAUAAGCUCGGAGUUGACAAAAGCGACCUGUAUCAGUUGAAACAUUUCAAGCAUAGUUUGUAAUUUUUUUUUUAUUUCCAAGUUGCGUCCUGGGUUAACCCCACGAGGGGAGGAUUACGUGUACCGGCUGCAAACCUAACCCCUGUGUCCAGCAACGGAUUUGGUCUCACCGCAGACUAGACCACCACCGCACGGCAGGAGAAAGGAAAGUGGGACUUUAUUGUUCAAGGCUAGCUAGCUAGCUUUGCCAGACGGCUUGUUCUUGUGUGUAUCGGGCUAUAUGGCUGCGACUUACGAGCCAAUAUACGGACUUUCUGAAGAUGAGAAUGAAACGAGAGUGCUGCGGGUUAAGGUCAUUGCAGGAAUUGAUUUGGCGAAGAAAGACAUCAUUGGAGCAAGCGAUCCCUACGUCAAACUGUCCCUCUAUGUCGCAGAUGAAAACAGAGAACUUGCCUUAGUCCAAACAAAAACCAUUAAAAAGGUAGGUCGUAAGACCCUCAAUCCCAAAUGGAACGAGGAAUUCUACUUCCGAGUGUGUCCACAGAAUCACCGGCUACUCUUUGAGGUGUUUGAUGAAAACAGAUUGGCUUCUUCCAAGAAUGGCCUUUUCCAUCUGGCACAGACCCGAGAUGAUUUCCUGGGCCAGGUUGACGUUCCGCUCAGCCAUUUGCCGACAGAAGACCCGGCUAUGGAACGUCCCUACACGUUUAAAGACUUCCUCCUGCGGCCCCGAAGGUCAGUCUCCAACUGUCACAAGUCCCGGGUGAAGGGUUACCUGCGUCUCAAGAUGGCCUAUCUGCCCAAACAAGGAGGACCCGAGGAGGAGGCCGGAGACAUGAGGGAAGAGGCUGAGGGAUGGGAUGAGUCUGCAGACUCGGGCUCACAAAGACCACAACAGUUGCUUCCCCCGUUACCCCCAGGCUGGGAGGAGAAGGUGGACAACCUGGGACGCACCUACUACGUCAACCACAACAACCGCUCGACGCAGUGGAAACGGCCCUCCAACAUGGAUGUGAUCUCAGAGACUGAGAGUGACAACCAACAGCGGCAGAUCCAUCAGGAAGCACACCGCGUCUUCCGCUCGAGGCGCCACAUCAGUGAGGACCUCGAGAAUGAGCACCUUGAGCCAAGAGACCUGGACAAUUCCUGGGAGCUCAUCACAGAAGAGGAUCCUAACGACAGCAUGGCCCAGUCUCUGCCCGGCACCUCCUCCAUGUUAACGCCACAACAUCCGCCGCCACCCGCCCCCCAGGAUUUCUCUGAAGAUUUAAAUUUGAGGCUGUCGCUCACCCCUGAAACCAACGGGGAAGUGGCAGGCCCCAGCUCUGCUCUGACCCAGCUGUCAAACAGACUCCGGUCCUCGAGUAUGACGGAUGGUGUCAGCGAUCAGGCCCAGGCUCCUCCUCUAAUGCAGGGUUCCCAGACCAGAAGAACAAGAGCUCAAACAGUCUCAGGUGGUGAGGAGUCCAUGUCUCCCUCGGGGACCCCUCACUCCUUGACCACCCCCGGCCUGCCUCCUGGAUGGGAAGAGAGGAAGGACGGCAAGGGAAGAACUUAUUACGUCAACCAUAACACCCGCACCACUACCUGGACUAGGCCAAUUGUGCAGCUGACUGAAGACGGACCCAGCACCUCAGCAGCAGCAGCAGCAGCAGCAGCAGCAGCAGCAGCAGUACCAUCAACAUCAGGAGGAGCCUCGGCCCUGACACCCGCAUCCACCCCUUCCACCUCCUCCAACAACCACCUCCAUGAGCCCCAAGUCCGACGACCUCGUAGCCUCAGCUCCCCCACUGUCACCCUUUCCACUCCCUUGGAGGGUGCCAACAACAUCCAGGUGCGAAGGGCCGUAAAAGACACAUUCUCCAACCCACAGUCUCCCCAACCGUCCCCCUACAGCUCCCCCAAGUCCCAGCACAAGACCCAGCAGAGCUUCCUUCCACCGGGCUGGGAGAUGAGGAUAGCCCCCAACGGACGGCCUUUCUUCAUCGACCACAACAGCAGAGCCACAACCUGGGAGGAUCCCAGGUUGAAAUAUCCCGUUCAUAUGAGGAAUAAGAACUCAAUGGAGCCCGGGGAGCUCGGUCCUCUUCCUCCUGGAUGGGAAGAAAGAGUUCAUUCAGACGGACGCACCUUCUACAUCGACCACAAUACAAAGAACACACAGUGGGAGGACCCUCGACUGCAGAGUCCAGCUAUCACAGGACCUGCUGUCCCUUACUCCAGAGAGUUCAAACAGAAAUACGACUACUUCAGAAAGAAAUUGAAGAAACCGGCUGACAUCCCAAACAGGUUUGAGAUGAAGCUACACAGGAACAACAUCUUUGAAGAGUCAUAUCGUCGAAUCAUGUCGUUGAAGCGGCCGGAUGUUUUGAAGGCUCGGCUGUGGAUUGAGUUCGAGUCAGAGAAAGGUCUGGACUACGGCGGUGUGGCCAGAGAGUGGUUCUUCCUCUUAUCCAAGGAGAUGUUCAACCCUUACUAUGGCCUGUUUGAAUAUUCUGCCACGGACAACUACACUCUCCAAAUCAAUCCCAACUCCGGCCUGUGCAAUGAGGACCACCUUUCCUACUUCAAGUUCAUCGGGCGUGUGGCAGGAAUGGCUGUGUUUCAUGGAAAACUACUGGAUGGUUUUUUCAUCCGACCCUUCUACAAGAUGAUGCUGGGAAAACAAAUCUCUCUUAAAGACAUGGAGUCUGUGGACAGUGAAUACUACAACUCUCUGAAGUGGAUCCUGGAGAACGAUCCCACUGAGCUUGACCUGAGGUUUUGUAUCGACGAGGACAACUUCGGACAGACGUACCAGGUGGACCUGAAGCCCAGUGGCUCAGACAUGGUGGUCACCAAUGAGAACAAGAAGGAGUACAUCGACUUGGUCAUCCAGUGGAGGUUUGUCAAUCGGGUCCAGAAGCAGAUGAACGCCUUCCUGGAGGGCUUCACAGAGCUUAUUCUUGUAGAUCUGAUCAAGAUCUUUGAUGAAAAUGAGCUGGAGCUGCUCAUGUGCGGCCUGGGCGAUGUCGACGUCAACGACUGGAGACAACACACUGUUUACAAGAACGGCUACUGCCCAAAUCAUCCUGUUAUUCAGUGGUUCUGGAAGGUUGUCCUGCUGAUGGAUGCUGAAAAACGUAUCCGACUCCUCCAGUUCGUAACGGGAACAUCACGUGUGCCUAUGAAUGGCUUUGCAGAGCUUUAUGGUUCUAAUGGACCACAGCUGUUCACAAUCGAGCAGUGGGGAACACCUGAUAAGUUACCAAGAGCUCACACAUGUUUCAACCGCUUGGAUCUCCCCACAUACGACUCAUUUGAGGACCUGAGAGAGAAACUCCUCAUGGCAGUGGAGAACGCGCAGGGCUUCGAGGGCGUCGACUAAAGAAGCACCCAUUGGCUGCAUCCAACCAACCAACAAUAAAAAAAAAAAAACACACAAAGCUACAGGGAUGUCAAACCAGCUGCUGUAGUAGCAGUUCUGUGCGAGCAUGUUGUACUGUAAUGCCUGACUGUGAGCCACCUCCACAGCACGGUGGUUCGAGACUGUACAGCGAUUUGUCGAGCCAACUUGCCUACGUCUUCAUAUCUUUUCAGCGCGGGUAGCUCGCUCGUUAAAGGUGCUGGGGAAAAAAACUGGCAUAGAGGCCCCCUGUUGAAUGCUGAAAUCUAUUAUCCGCAGGCAUGAGCGACACAUGAUGAGAGCUGGCCCCCCCCCCCUUACCUGAACCGCCGUUUUUUUCCCCCCUCUCUUUCCCUCGUCCUGUGAAAAUCUACAGUGCUGGAAAACACUAAUGCAUUUCAAUAGCUCCUUUACAUACACUAUAGCACAGUAUUCUGCACCCUUCACGGGGAGGGGUCUUAGCAUGGCCUUAAUCUGGCUCUUACAUGCACUAUUUCUCUAAGAAACUGCAAUGGCACUAUGAUCACAACUCUCUCAAAUCCUUAGACCAACACCAGAUUACCUUAGGAAUGCUAGCCAGUCACAUUUCAGGAAAUCGGCCACACCCCUCCGUAGAGCCUGUUGUGUGAUCAGAUAAACCGCCACUGCAGCCUUUUUGUAGAGUAAUGAUUUUGUUAUUUUAGCCACUGGUAAAUGAUUCGAGAACAGGGGAUGAACUAAUCCCCAGAGAUGAUUUUUACUGUUUUUGUCAUCAUGGAAAAGAUUUUGUUUUUUGUUGUUGUUUUUUAAUCAUUGGUAUAAUUCUUGCAGGAAAAUACUCUAAACGUAUUUGUACUGAUGAACAAUGUUGUUUACUAUUUUGACAAUUAUAUAUGACAUGGUGUGUGAAGUGUAAAUCUGGCUAGUCUGGGAAAUAAUUAAUCCAUAUCAUUUGUUAUGGUGAUAGCAAAUGUGUUGAAUAAAAUGGUUUUUAUUGUAGUGCUAUGAAAGCAGCAUGAAAACUAUAUCUUGUGUUUGCUUUGACUACAUACUGUAGUAGUAAUUUGGACGUGUAAUCUGUCUCGAGGUCGAGAAGGGAAAACUAAAACCGGGGAUAGUUUCUCUGAGAUGUUUGCGUCAUGAUUAUAUUAAUAUUCUCAUGCCUGUUGCUGUUCAUAAUGCUGUAAAUUGUUCUUGAAAAAAACCCCACAUUUUAAGUUCUUUCAUGAUAUAUAAAUAUAUGUAUGAACAUUUAACAGAAGUAUUACUGAUCAACGACACUAAAAUGAAGCUGUGUGUGCGUGUGUGUGUGUGUGUGUGUGUGCGUGCGCGGGUGUUUGAGAGAGAAGCUGUGAUUGCCACUGAAUAUAAAGCAGCACGUUUCUUACUGAGAAAAAAACUGUUUCCUUUUUUAUGUUUUUGUUUCUCUCUCCUUUUUCUAACACCAUUGAACCUAAAGGGCACUUUAUAGAUCACUCUGAGGUCAUGUCACCUAUUGUAUGUCUUUUGUCAUUAACUUGAAUGUGAUUCUUUCUUUUUUCCACUCGGAGCACUUACCUAGUGCAAUAUAAAUAGUCUGUAAAUCUGGGUUGCUGCUAAAGUAGAAAAAGUUGACAGACGUGAAGCAUGGACUUCACAUCCUUUAGAAUUCUUCGUUUUUCCUCUGUUUUCUGUACCUUUUCCUCCCUUCUGUUUGCUCCCUCCUGUGAUUUUCUCCUGUCAAACUGAUUCAGUAAAAAUUAGUCCUUUUUUUAUUAGGGGGUUUGUUAUUUUAAUGAAUGACAAAACAUCUCUUUUGUUAAAGUUUUCACCACUCUUCUGCAACUCUUUGUGGUUCAUUUAACUUCAGUCAAAUAAAAAUGAAACUUCUCAGUG